GGAUUGUAGUUCACUUUGUACACGAGGAAGCUCAAAUGCCCGUGUGUAUCAACGUGAUGGGACUAUAUUUCCCACAAUGCAACGCGCCGUUGUUAUAGUCAUCGUUUUAUCCGAUGCGAGAAGCCGCAGCGCUGCGUCUGAACGGUUGUUAAAUUCCCCGAUAGAUACAGCGCUAAGGAAAACAAGAAGUUUGGGUUUGUUUUUUAUGAUUCAACAUGAUGGAGGUCAUCGAGACUAUUGUGAUUCAGAAUGCAGAAGUGGAAGGAAAGGAAACGGUGGUGUCCAGUGUGGAGGAGGAUAAAACCAAAGCAGAGUUUAUAUGGACCCUGCAGGCAACAUGGCACCUUGUCAACACCAGACUUGAAAUGGACCAAGCGUUCGACCAGCCGGUGUGCAAGAAAAAGAAACUUUGGGAGAUGGUGGCAGAAAAAGUAAACGCAAAACUGAGAGAGUCCGAUGUUUCUGAUGUGUCUGUGAAGGCGUACGAGUGUGAUCUCAAGUGGAGGAACAUACUGGCAACGUACAGGAGGAACGCUGAGAGGGCCAAGAGACUCGGGCCAGCCAGUGUCCACUGGGAGUUCUUCAAGGCCAUGCACGAUGUCCUGGGCAAGAGCAGGGAAGAAGUCGAAGCCCAGAGAAGAGCCAAACUCAGCGGCACCAGAGUGGGGAAAGCCAUAGCGAGUAAAAGGUUCACCCCUAUUCUCCCUACACCUCCUGUCACAGCUGCUCCCUGCGCUCCCAGGCCUCCUCAGGAUGUCCUGCAGCUGUACAUGGAGCUGCAGGAGAGGAAGAUGAACAUGUGGGCGCAGCAGAAAGCCCUGGAGGAGAGGAAGAUAGAUGCAAUAAACAACUUGGCCCAGGCUAUCUCAAGCCUGGCUCAGAAGAACAGCAGCACAGAGGCAUCAAAAGAAGGACAUUAGGGUCUGAACUUCCAUGUGUCAGCCCCUCUUACCAAAGACUUUUUUUAUAAUGCUGCACAAGAAAAGGACAUUUAACAUGUUUGUUAGUUACAUUUAUAGACUGGAUAUGUUGUCACACUUUUAUGGUUAUUAUUUUUCCAGUCUGAAUUCUGUUGAGCUAAAUUCUUAAGUUCUUAUUUCAAACUGAAAAGUUCAGAAGAAGUGAAAACUGUAACAAGGACCGACACAUUGUACAUGACUUUUGUAUCUCCUGUUUGCACUAUGAGUGAGAGCAUGGCUCUGAACAGAUGCUCUUUCAUUUCGACGCCCAGAUGAAUGUAAUCGUUUAUUUUUGUACCACAAUAGAGGAUCGUGCAAUGUUUUCAUGAUCAUAACAAACAUCCUUUUGAUAUUAAAUUCUAACAGCCUUCA